GCACAUGGUUAACUUCUAAAUCACUUUAGUAUAUGUGUAAAUCAACAGAGAAGGCUGCACUUUGUGUAAUUUGGCAGUGGUUUUCCUAAUCAAGCAAAUACUUAAUACUGGGACACUUACUUGUUAAAACUUUGCUUGUUAAUUAUAGCUUUUUUCCUAGUGAGUUAUUAAUAUAGUAAUUCUUACAGACUUCCCAGAAGAGGUUUUUCUUGUUCAGUGACAAAUAGUAGUGUGUGAGCUACUUAAUGCACAUAGUUGGGAUGAGUAUUUUGACUACUGCUACAAUCUUCCCUAUUGGUCUCUUGUAGAAUCUUCUCUUGGCACAGGUAAAAACAUGCUAUAUGUUUGCAGAACAAAUUGUGGAGCUUAUUGAGAGGGUGCUGAAGUUUGUAUGUAUAUAUAAGGUGCAGUGUUGAUCUGGUAACUGAAUUCUCUCAUGUGGUUUGAAAUCUUUUACCCCUCUUGCUGCUGUUUUUAUGCAUUUUAUCAGAUGCCUUUUCAGCUUCUAGCUCAGCAGUGGAGGAAAUUGCUUCUGGGCAGCUUUGGGCUUCAUGGUUAGAAAUUCUCCAGUACUGAAACCCCUCCUGAUUGCAGUGCGCUUCCAGACACGAGACAGUAACCAAAUGCUUCUGGGUGGAGAGAAAGCUGGGACUAGCUGUUGUGCUCUUAAAUGCCCAAGGAACAAACCCACAGACAGUGCUGUAGCAAUGUUUAUGGUGGUUUCUUUUCAGGUACCUUUCGGCUUGUUACGAAGAGCAGCUAUGGAGAAGUGGAGCUUAAUGACAAUCACUGUUUUACUGGCACUUACUGUACGCUGGACUGUGUCGCUCAGUUCUUACUCAGGUGCAGGAAAACCACCUAUGUAUGGAGACUACGAAGCUCAGAGGCACUGGCAAGAAGUUACUUACAAUUUGCCCGUCAGGCAGUGGUACUUCAAUACAACUGAUAACAACCUGCUGUACUGGGGCCUGGAUUAUCCGCCUCUUACUGCCUACCACAGUCUUGUAUGUGCUUACAUUGCAAAGUUAAUAAAUCCUGAUUGGAUUGCCCUGCACACAUCUCGGGGGUAUGAGAGUCAGCCACAUAAGUUAUUUAUGCGUACAACAGUGCUUGUUGCUGAUUUGCUGGUUUAUAUUCCUGCAGUUAUUUUAUAUUGUUUUUCCUUGAAAGAAACAUCUACUAAAAAGAAGGUUUCCAGUGCUCUCUGCAUACUGCUUUAUCCGGGCCUCAUUCUUAUUGACCAUGGACACUUCCAAUACAACUCAGUGAGCCUGGGCCUUGCCCUGUGGGGUGUACUUUGUUUGUCUUAUGACUGGGACCUGUUGGGCUCAGUGGCCUUUUGCUUGGCUUUAAAUUACAAGCAAAUGGAACUCUACCAUUCUCUGCCCUUUUUCUGCUAUUUGCUUGGCAAGUGCUUCAAGAAGGGACUGAAAGGAAAGGGAUUAGUAUUGCUAACUAAGAUAGCAGGGACAGUGGUGGUUUCCUUCGCUAUCUGCUGGCUCCCGUUCUGUACCGACAUGGAACAAAUCAUGCAAGUACUCAGAAGACUCUUUCCCAUUGACCGAGGCUUGUUUGAGGAUAAAGUAGCCAAUAUUUGGUACAGUCUAAGUGUCCUUAUAAAGAUAAAGAACAUAAUAUCACCUCAAACUCAACUAAAACUCAGUUUUGCUGUAACGUUCCUGAGCCUGCUGCCUGCUUGUGUAAAGCUCACAGCCCAGCCUUCUCUGCGAGGAUUUAAGUUUGCUUUGGUUAGUUGUGCAUUGUCAUUUUUCCUGUUCUCCUUCCAAGUACAUGAAAAAUCUAUUCUUCUAGUGUCAGUACCAGUCUGCUUAAUCAUAAAUGAAAUCCCUUUUAUGGCCACGUGGUUUUUACUCGUGUCAACUUUCAGCAUGCUGCCUCUGCUGCUGAAAGAUGGCCUGCUGCUGGCCUACACCGUGACCAUGCUGGCUUUCCUGUCAGUCUGCACCACUUCCUUUUCCAUAUUUGAGAAGACUUCAGCAGAGGACCUGCAGCUGAAGCAGUUCUCCCUUUCCCUGAAGGGCUACGUUUCUUGGUUCAAGUCCUUUCCCAAGAUUGUCAGGAUGCUGUUCCUUGUGUCCAUAACCCUGAUGGCUGUCUUGUCUGUGAUGAGUGCCAUGGUGCAUCCCCCACAGAGGUUACCGGAUUUAUUCCCUUUAGCUGUGUCUGUUAUUUCUUGCUUACAUUUUAUACUAUUUUUGGUGUAUUUUAAUGUUGUUAUUCUCUGGGACUCAAAGAACAGUAAAAGUCAGAAGAAAAUCAGUUAAUGAACCUGUGAAGAUUGAGGACUAAACUGUGAAAGGACAGAGUAUUCUCCAUGAGCAGUGUUUGGCACUGCAGGUAAACCUGCUCGUGCUGUAAUACAAUUCCUGUAUCCUAAUGAAAAUCAGGAAACACAUCAUGAGUAUUGAAACACAAAGUAAUCAAGGACUUUCAAAAGAAGGACUGUUUGGAAGAGCAUUUGGAAAUGUGAUUUGGUGUUGUCUGCAGAAGUGUAAUACUUUUUGUUACCAUUUGUAAACUUAAACUCCCUAAUAAAGGACCAAAUUUUGCGUUAA